CUUAUGUUCCAGCCGGGACAAAGAGGAUACCACCCGGGCUCUUCAGUAAGGAAGUCAACAUGUCGACUUCGUACAGAAACAGGAUCCAGGAAUUCAAGGUGGCUUUAGGAGAGGAAAAAAUCAACCUGAAGGCGCUUCGUGAGCUCUGCUUUGGCGGUAUUCCAUUCGAAGGAGGCAUCCGUGCUCAGUGCUGGAAGGUCCUGUUAAACUACCUGCCCCUGGACACGUCACUAUGGGAGUCCUUCUUGAAAAAACAGAGAGAGCUGUACAGUCAGUUCCUGAAGGAAAUGAUCAUCCAGCCGGGCAUCGCCAAGGCCAACCUGGGCCUGGCCAGGGAGGACGUGACGCUAGAGGAUCAUCCUUUAAAUCCCAACCCGGAGAGCAGGUGGAAUAACUACUUCAAAGACAACGAGGUCCUGCUGCAGAUCGAUAAAGAUGUCAGGCGGCUGUACCCAGACAUGGCCUUCUUCCAGAGGCCGACUGAGUACCCCUGCAAACUCAUCCUGGACCCCCAGAACGAGUACGAGACCCUGAGGCGCCGCGUGGAACAGACCACCCUCAAAUCCCAGACUGUGGACCGCAACCGCAGCGGAGUCACCAAUAUGAGCUCUCCGGGGAAGGCGUUGAACCUGUAUCCAUCUAACGAGUACGAGGUGUUACCUAAUGGCUGUGAGGCCCAUUGGGAGGUGGUGGAGCGCAUCCUGUUCAUCUACGCCAAACUCAACCCGGGCAUCGCCUACGUGCAGGGCAUGAAUGAGAUUGUGGGGCCCAUAUACUACACCUUCGCCACAAACCCCAAUGGGGAAUGGAAAGAGCAUGCGGAGGCUGACUGCUUUUUCUGCUUUACCAACCUGAUGUCGGAGAACCGUGACAACUUCAUCAAGAGCCUGGACGACUCGCAGUGUGGCAUCACCUACAAGAUGGAGAGCGUCUUCUCCAUGCUGAAGGAGAAGGACAUGGAGCUGUACUUGAAGCUGCAAGAGCAGAACAUUAAGCCGCAGUACUUCACGUUCCGCUGGUUGACGCUGCUGCUGUCUCAGGAGUUCCUGCUGCCGGACGUCAUCCGCAUCUGGGAUUCGCUCUUCUCCGAUCAGGACCGCUUCCACUUCCUCAUCCUCGUCUGCUGUGCCAUGCUCACGCUAAUCCGAGAUCAGCUGUUGGCAGGAGACUUCACAGUGAACAUGAGACUACUUCAGGACUACCCCAUAUCUGACGUGCACACCAUUCUCAUCAAGGCCAAGGAGCUGCAGGACGGAUCGUAGCCAUGACGGUGACCUUUGAACCUCCCACCUCCGCCUCUUCUUCCAUCUGCACAGAGAGAGGGGAUGUAAGGAGGGGUGGAGGUGGGGGAUGUGGUGUGGUGGCUUGAAGCCAUAGAAACUGGUAACCUGGACGACAAACUUGUGCCCUGCCACACACCCUGGGAAGAAGAGGGGGGAAUCGCUGCUGCUAUUGCAGUGGAUUUGUGGGAGCCCAUACACGAGCCAACACAUCCAAGAAACCAAGAAAUGAAGAGAUUUUCUGAUGCUACUACAUACGCCUUACCCUCACAGUUGCCACUCCCAGAUUGUGUGUGUGUGGGCUUGAGAUAUUUAUUGUUGCACUGAACAGUCGAGAAAUCCACACUCACACACACACACACACACACACACACACACACACACACACACACACACACACACACACACACACACACACACACACACACACACACACACACACAAAAGCAGGACAAACUACAGACGAGAAGCAUGCAGGAAAGCGUAUCACGUGGGACAGUAUGAAAACACUCCAUAUUGUUUUGACUUUUUUCUUUCUUUCUUUCCCUUUUUUUAACCAUCAAGGGGUUUUAGGUUCUUUUCCACCCUUCUUUUUUAUGAAAGAUGAUGUUUGAUUAUGUGUUUUACCACAUAUUACUUGGUGUUUCUUACUUU